GUAGAUUCAGCUGUCAGAAAGCUGUCUAUGUCAAAGAACAUGGCUGAUGGCUAAAAAGUCCAAAAAGGCCAAGAAGUCCAAGAAGGACUCCAGCUCCAGCUCCAGCAGCUACAGCAGUAGACGGAAGAGUCGGAGCCGACGGAGCCGACGCAAAAAGAGCCGCAGCCGACCUUCCAGUCGUAGCCGCAGCCGCAGCCGCGGCCGGCGUCGGCGUAGCCGCAGCCGCAGCCGCAGCAGCCGACCCCGCAGACGCAGCCCACGCAGGGCGCGCAGCCCGCCUGUGCGGCAGGUGCAGGUGAGGCCUCAAACGCCACCCAGGCGACGAAGUUGGAGCAGAGUAUCUGAGUCGUCCUUUGACUCUGGAACUGCCUCCCCUAAAACUGCAGCCUGUCGCAACCAGCCUAAGAUGGGAAUCCUCUACUGGGGCUGUGGGUUGGAGGGCCAAGGAUGGGAUCUCUUGGGCUAUGGCCCUGGUGGCUUUCCAAGGAUCGAUCGGAAUUCUGAUGCCUUGGUUGAUAGCUGGAAGGGCCGAAUGGAAAAUGCACAAGUGACACUUCGAAUGUGUGCCUCAGAGGGUCCGGGCUUCAAGCGAUAUGUGAAGCACUUCAUGAUGCUGAGCGCCAAGGCUUGUGUGGAAUUUCGUUUGACCCAAUACCAUCGGCACAACACCUUGAACCGUCGGAAGGUGUUGACUGAGCGCAUCGUGAUUGGUGGAAUCCUGGACUGCUACCACCGCCGCGCCACCAACACGGGGAUGCGCAUCAGCAACGGGUCCCCUGGGGACGACUUCGUCACCUGCCUGCGACGCCGGGCGCGCAGAUAUCGAGCCCAGGCAUCGAAGCAGGGAGGCCACUUUGCGGCGGUGAUCCUGGAGGGUGGGAGCUGCGAAUUGAGGUUCGCCGCGGCCACUCGGGCCCUCGAACGCCUUGAGGAGCAGCGGUCUCAUUCUUCACGUGCAUCGAAUGGUGCGCGGCUGCAGCGGCUGCUGCUGAUUUUGGGUGGCCCUGAUGGCAUCUCCGAGCAGAUCCGAGAGAGUCUGCGGCAAACCCUGGAAAAGUACACGGAUUUUCCUUUGCUCGGAUUGGCACUUCCUGGUGGCACUCUGCAUUCCUACUAUGCACUGGCCACUGUCUUGGUCUUCCACGACCAAGGGCUGUUGCUGCCCUUCCUCGAGCAGCAACUGGGCCCGCCGCGGCCUCCGGUGAAGCUGCAGCCGCGGCCGCCGGCGGCGCCGCCGCCGCGGCACCUGGUGGAGGCUCAGAAGGCGGAGCUGGAGGAAAAGGAGCAGACCGAGCUGCCCCCGGCCAAGCCAGCUGGCCCGUUGACCUUAACGCCUGGACCCUUGUCGCCUGGACCCUUGUCGCCUGGACCCUUGUCGCCAGUGCGACCGGUGCUGGUCCUGACUCCCAAAGCGCCGCCUGGGCGGCCAACGCAGAAGCAGGGCGUGCCCUUCAAGGCCAUGCCGACGACGAGGACAACGAGACCUCAAAAUGACUUGGCAGGGUGA